UUUUAACGUUCGAAGCGUGGUGAGAGCGGAGAGGCGUAGCUUAGCAACAAGUGAGGAGAACACAGUCCGUUCCACGCGCGCGCUCUGGAAUAGUCUUCACUACGUUUCCAAGAGGAUGCCAGCUCCAUUCAGCCCCGCCUCGCCCCACUGCUGCUUUCAGAUUGUACUUAAAACUUGGCUCUCACAUCUGCAUCUUUCCAACACUUAACCGCCUUUCACAGCUCAAGGUACACUUCUGGAUUUUGGCCAGGCUACUUGCACUGAACUACCACACAACACAGUGUACACAUCACUGAACCCCAACCUCACUAUGAUCGCAUUAAACACAUGGCAAUCUAAUUUAGUCCCCUGUGUCUGAACUAAUGGAUUAAAAAGAGGGGAAGUGACUAGGGGAAUGCUUCUGAGGUCAUUUGAAUGCUACUCCUGUAUCACAUGGAUAAAUGAUGAGUGCCCUUGAACUCUAGCGUGGCGGAAACCAUGACUUUCCCUGGGGGCACUCGUACGUCCAGGAGCCAUUUCUUUCCCUCUGCGUAUUCCCUUGUGUUGGGAUUGCAUUUCGCCAUGCUUUUUCUCAGCACUAUGACACGUGCAUGCCCCAAGAGCUGCCUGUGCACUGAAAGGAGUGGCCUGGUGGUGGUUCAGUGUGCUUCCCGAAACCUGGAGGACAUCCCCUCAGACCUGCCCCAUGACACCGUGUCCCUGCUGCUGUCCUCCAAUCAUAUCACCAAGAUCCCCAGCCAGGCUUUCAAAGAGCUCCCUCGCCUGCAGGAGCUGGACCUGUCUCGGAAUGCCAUCGAGAGCGUGGACGCAGGGGCCUUUCAAGGCAUCUCGGAAAGUCUUCGCGUCCUCGACUUGUCCCACAACCACCUCCGUGGUGUGCCCAAAGAAGCCUUCGCCCGGCUCCAUGCUAAGAUCAGUCUGGCCAACAACCCGUGGCACUGCGAGUGCACCCUGCAGGAGGUGCUCCGAGAGCUUCGGCUCGACCCGGAGACCGUCAACGAGGUCAGUUGCCACACGUCUGUCCAGGAGGAGUACUCGGGCAAGCCCGUCAUCCAGGUGCUGGACUCUGGCAUCAACUUCUGCAACUUCCACCACAAGACCACAGACGUGGCCAUGUUCGUCACUAUGUUCGGCUGGUUCACCAUGGUUAUUGCUUACGUCAUCUAUUAUGUGCGGCACAACCAGGAGGAUGCCCGCCGGCAUCUGGAGUACCUCAAGUCUCUGCCAAGCAGCUCCCAAAUUAGCAAAGACUUUGACACAAUCAGUACUGUUCUGUAGCACCUCUAGGACAGUGUUCCGCGCGGUCUGGACGUCUCUGGCCAUGAAUGUAUUUGACCACUCGGGCACAGUUACGAUGGCACAACAGCAAGCCUUAAAGCUCAUCACAUCUGCUGAGCAAGGAACACUCCUUCCUAAAUAAAUACACAAUGCUAUUUUUUUCAUUUGUUAUUAAGAGGCAGGUCAUUUUGACAAUUUGUGGGUUCAUGUGCAUUUUUCAAAUUGUGGUCAAAUAUCUGUCAGCAGUCUCCGUGUUCCUAUUCAUUAUUUCAGCCCAUUACUAAAUGCAUUAUCCUCAUCACUGUACUUCCAGCAGAUGCUGUUGUUGUCGGGUUAAUCCAGCAUUGCUGCAUCUCUGAGAUACAAAAGCUCCGCAGAAGCAAAUCCAUCCUUCCUGUGUUUCCCAGCAGGUGCUUAACUACCUUCAUUUCCUGCAUUCAUUCAUCCGUUUCUGUGCUAAUGUAGUGCUGAUACAGGGGACAGGACUGAACUGGGGAUUGAUAGGCCUGUUUAUUUGCCUUGUCUCUAUUAUAGUGCAGCAUAAAAGACUCAGGAGGAGCUUCUCUAGCUGCGAAGAGAACCAUCACUGCCAAAUACUGUUCAUUUAAACUCUGCCUUGUUCUUUCUUUUUUUAGGCUGACUUUUAUCUGCCCAAGUGCCUACAUGAUGGUACUACGAUACCUAAACACUGUGCUUUGGGCUUGGCUAUUCUCAGUCCCUUGCAGUCCCUCUGCCAUUGUCAAGAGACCUUUAAUAUUCAGUGUACUGUACUUUGUCAGUAUGGUGUCUGUGGCCCUGUGAGAUGGGCUCAAUGAGACAUAAAAUUAGUCGUCCUUGUGUUUGAUUGUGUCACAGUGUUACCGUGUUUGGUUGUUCAAACAUGACUUGGAUGUAGCUCAGUUAGAAAGAAGUUAAACGUGUCAUUUCACAGUCUGCAAGUGAAGCAUACAGCAUAUGUUAUUUGACCUUAAAGGGCUCUUCUUGUAAUGUGUUUCUUUGGUAAAUGUAGCUUCCAUUGCCCAAGAGCUGUAUUCGUUUGCUCUUCACAGUGGCUGGGUUGUCUUCUGAAUUAUGUAUAUCAUAUCAGCAUUAGGAAAUAAAGGUUAGCAAAGGACACUUUGGCUGUCUUGGUUUUUUGGACUCUUUAGGCCCCUUGGGCUCUCUGACAUGCAAUCAAACAGCACUAUGUCAAGCAGCUCAUGUGUGAUUUACUUGCUGUCAGACGCAGUCCUUCCUUUCUAAUGGUUUUCAGCUUUUAAACAUGUGUAGAACUGUAUAGCAGAUAUUGCAAAAAUGCACAAAACCAGUAACAGGCAGUUACUGCUCUGGACUGAAUAUGCAUUUAAAAAUGAUGCAUUUAUUCUAGUCAUGUGCAGAAAAUACCACUAAUGGAUUUAAUAUGCAUUUAAAAGUACUGCAUUUAGCAAUCUGUUUCUUGUGCUUACUGCACAUGAAGUUUGAUAAUAACACAUUUAUCUAUACCAAUUUCUGCAAUAAUAGUUUUCAAUAGACACU